AAAGGGGGAGAUUGUUAGCCCUUAGUUUUUAGUGAUGAUAACUUUGAAUAUCAGAUAGUAUAUUUGACUAAGUCUGGUGCAUUGUGUUUACCUAUCUUUCAGGACUUACUGGUUCAACAAACUCAUAUGUGGAUAAACCAGAAUUAUCUUAUCUUAUCUUAUCGUCUCGUGUUUAUCCAACUAGUUUCAUAUUUAAACUGUUAAAUUCUAAUGUUUAUCCUCUAACAGUUUAAUUUGUUCAACAGUCAUUUUGUAACAGAUUUGUUCUCUAGAUUCUAUAUUCUUAAAUCUGUUACGUUGUUCUAAUUAUUAGCUUGGUUAGUUUAUUUCUAACAGCUAUAAUUCAAACUCUCCAACAGCUAUAUAUUUACAGGCUAUAUAUUUUCAGCUGGGAUUUCAACUCGAACACUGAAGCUUUCAAUCAUCUUCUAUCACAGAGCAUUCAUUCGAUUAUUUCAAUCAGUUUAGAAGAUAUACAAUCUGAAUUGUACUUAAAUCUAUUUCUAUUCACUUGUGCCAGGUUGUGGAAAUUAGAUAGGAUUACAAAUUAAAGCCAAGUUAGCCGGUGGGCUGGAUAGCAGGUGCUAGGUGACAGUGGUGUCAAGGGAAGGGUUCUUCCGGCAGCUUUGUAAUUUGUAAUUGCCAAACUGUAAGCUUUAUAUUAUUUUUAAUAAUAUAAUCCGUGUACUAGUUGGUACGGGGACUUGGAUGUAGGCCAUAGAACGAUAGGGGCCGAACCAAGUGAAAAUUUUUGGUGUUGUUCUUGCAUACUUAUCUGUCAUUUAUUUACUCUGAUUUAUCUGCUAUUAACUGUUCUGGAUAAUAUAAAAGAGACAGUCACAUUAUAAAUAGAGACAGACUCAUUAGUGUGACAGAUUAAUUUUUGUGCCCGUUAAAUUUCAAUUAUGUUUCCUUCCAGAGAAUUUGACUUCUAACAGAUUACAGAAUGUAUAUUUGGCGCUGACGAGUUUCCGUCAUUACAAAUUCUGUUCUCUCAUUUUAAUUCUAAUUUCAUUUGUUAUAUUUGUUGUUAGGUAGAUUGUGAAUUAUGUGUUCUGUUAUGUAUUGCCCAGUUUCUUUGUGUUUUAUAUGUUUGGGAGCGUAGUCUCUCCCUCAGUGUCGAUGGGUGAUGUAUCCGAUAAUUCCAGUGACAAUACCAAAGGGAGGUUCACACUGCCGAGCAGUGGCGGUGCCACAUUAGGGCACCUGGGGGCUCGUGCCCCUCCAACUUUCAAAAAAACAACUAUAUUUUUUUGGUCUCACAUGUAUUAUUAACAGGUGGCCCCAGCUAAACUAUGUGAUUAGGGUUAUGGUGUCCCUUUAUACAUUUGAUCCUGGCUCCGCCAAUGCUGCCGAGUUGAUCAGUCCAAAACAUAUGGAUAUCGAAGGAUACAAGGUUCAAAGUGAGAUGGUGAUUUAGGGUUUCGAUCAUUUGAUCACGGGACGGGAAGAGAGAGAAGAAUCAAGAGGGUGUUCACCUGAGCCUGAACUUUGUGGUUGGAGGGGGAGAAGAUGUAUGAGAAAGCACGGAGAGGUGAAAGGAUUGAACUUGCAGCGUGAAGGAUUUCAAUUUUCCAGUUUGGCGUGGAGCGAAGUUUAGAUGACAGCAAUUCCAAUUCUGUCGAUGUUUUUGACGAAGCUUUUGACUGAGGAUUUACCACGAUUAUUUGUUCGUCCAAAGAAGAUUGUUUUGGAUUUCCAGAAGGGAAAAGCAGUUGGUCUCCUUCCUACUGAUUUUAGGUCUGGAGAAGUACAAGAAGGCAACAAGGACUAUGCGGGGGAAUUAUCGGUUACCCUUGUAGAUGCGAGAAAGCUCUUUUAUGUUUCUCCUGGAAAGACAGACUCGUAUGUUAUUCUAAAACUGGGAGAUCAAGUCAUACUUAGUAAAAAGAACAGCCAGACAACUGUCAUUGGUUCUCCUGGUGAGCCAAUCUGGAAUCAGGUUGAUCUAGGAUCUCUUAAAGAUACUGUUCCAGCAGAUAGGAUUGUGACCUUGCAAGGAGGCCGGGGACCGUUCGGGAAGGGAUCAGCGGGGGAACUUCUACUUCAAUUAACAUAUAAAGCAUAUGUUGAGGAUGAAGAAGAUGAAGUGAUAAGGGGAAGAUCGACACAUGCUGAUGCUUCAGAUGAUGACUUGGCUGAACUUGAAGUAGAUAAUGCUACUUAAGUGCGUCCAAAAAGAAUUUGCCCAGUGGAAUAGAAACAUUUAUGGGUAGGAUGAUUUUAUUAGUAAUAUAUAACUUAAAUGUAUAAAAAUUGACAAAAUAACAAUAAAACACUAGAAGUAGCCGUUGAAAGUGAUAGUAUUAACUUUUAGAAAGUGAAUUGCAACAAUCAAAAUAAGUAACUGUAAUAAGUUUACAUUUGUUCUUUCCAGAAUUAAACUUACAAGUCACCUAUACUUAUUUACAUAGACAAUUAUACAUAGUAGACUUAAAGGUAAUUACCAACGUUUAAGUUACUUUUCUGGAGGAACAAACAAACAGAGCUAGAUAAUCAUAGUCGACGAUAACAUUAUUGUUCACAACGCUCUUACAGAAUCUCACAUGAGAUUGUCAUCUCAUACGGCUCCUCAAAUGUCACAAAUAAAUCUAAGACUCAUUUGCUAUUAUCUAUCUUGAAUUUAUUAUCUUGAUCUGUUUGUAGGAUAGAAUCCAAAUCUAUUACAAGGUCCCCAAUUAGACAAUGGAAUUCUGCCUGCUAUCUAUUAUUUUUAUUAUAAUGUGCUUCUGAGUUGACUAAACUACAACAGUAAGUAUUUUGUUUUUCAUGCGUGAAUAUGUGUUUAAGAAGAUUGUUUCAGUUUAUGCGUGUGUUCAAAAUUUCAUUUUUUUUUGCCAUAGCCUCUUUUAUUGCUUUGUGCACUACAUAAGAGCAAAAUGUUUAAUCUCAAAUUUCUGACAUGUUUUAAUGUCAUAAGCCUAUCUUGUCCCAUGAGGACCAUGACUUUACAUGAUAUAUGACUCCUGACCACAACUCUACAUGCUCUGUUGCACUGUUGCUGCCUCGCCAGUUAGUAUAUGGGAUCAUUAUGUAUUCCUGGAUUUCUGCUGCCUUCUUUCAAAUGCUUUUACUGGACAUACUAAGUUUGCUGAACAGACUGAUUCUACUGGAAUGUUAUUUAAGGUAUAUUAUUAUUUUUUAACUUUGCAGGCUAGCAUUUCCUGUUACACUUUACCAGGGCAAUCUCCGAUCAACGAUUCUAAAAGUACACUUGAUUUUCUUUCCAUGUUUAUGAUUGAAUUUUUUGCUAAGUUUAAGAUCGAAUUUGCCUCGUGAGGAAAUGAAUCUGGGUUUUUGCAGCUUGAUAGCAUGAGUCAUGGUGACAAAUUAACUGCCAGGGACACAAUGAAGAAUGAUGGUGUUCCAACUGUACCAGGGAGCGAUGGUUUGUUACAGGUAUAAGCUCUGAAAUAUAUAUUACAAAUAGUGUCCUUGAAGAGUUCUUGGUGACUACCAUUAAUUCUGUUAAUAUUGGAGAAAGCCUUGAGGUAAUAUGUCUGCGAGAUCAUCUUUUUUGCGUUGUUCCUCUAAUCUCCUUAGAGAAUUUUAAAAAAUAACAUGAAAAUAUUGAAGAGAA